UUCGCCGAGAUCCAACAAACCGCGUGAACGAAAUCAAUUUAAUAUCGAUCGAAACCCAUCGUCGUGAACGAAGGUUUCUCAGCUGACCCCAUCACCACGCCAGAUUCACCCAACUGCGCCGAUAUCGUAGAAUGGUAGAGAGUGAACCUGGCUCUAAGCACAAUCAUAAGUGUGAUGUAAAAGACGAGCGGCUAAACGGCUGUGGCUCCAAGGAUCUUGAACUUGCCCGUAUUGGAACGAAGGGCAAGACCCUUGAUCCCGAGAAAGGAUCCUACGUUAAAGCAGAUUUCGAGAAAGCAAUCGAACUUACCGACUAUGGCAAGUUCCACUACUUCCUGCUCACGGUAUGCGGUUUCGUCAGCACUAGCGAGGAGAUGGACGUGAUCUCCAUGUCCUUCAUACUGCCGAGUGCACAAUGUGAUCUAAAGCUCGACACGCAAGCCAAGGGAUGGCUGAACUCGAUCAUCUUCAUCGGCAUGAUGGCCGGCGCCUAUGCCUGGGGCUCCGUCGCGGACGCCCUGGGUCGCCGGAAGGUUCUAAUCGCCAUCUCGUUCACGAACGCCCUUUGCAUCGUGGCCUCUAGCUUCAGCCAAUCUUACGAACUCUUCAUGUUCUUCCGUUUCCUGAACGGUGCUGCCCUCGGUGGCAGCGGACCUGUCAUCUGGUCCUACUUUGCAGAGUUCCAACCAAAAUCAAAGCGAGGCUCGAUGUUAUCCUUUAUGGCGGCGUUCUGGACACUUGGGAACCUUUUUGUCGCUGGUUUGGCGUGGUCAAUCAUCCCUAACGAUAUCGGUAUUGCGAGUACGGCGUUCACGUACAACUCUUGGCGAAUCUUCCUGCUGAUCUGCGCUGCUCCGUCGUUUAUCGUCGCGGGGCUGCUCCUGCUGCUUCCUGAAUCCCCCAAAUACCUCCUGUCCUGCGGAAGAUACGAGGAGGCUCUCGACAUAUUCCGCGGGAUCUAUGCCAUUAACACUGGCAAAUCGCGUGAAAGUUACACGGUGAAAGAAUUGAUCCUCGACGACUACCACGUGCCGGAAAAGGCGAAGGUUGGUGUCGAGAAGAACAAAUGUAAGACAAUACUCGGCGACAUCAUGGACAACAGCAAACAACUAUUCAUUUCGCCGAUCCUUCGUUUCACCAUAAUCUCGAUUAUCAUAAACUUCACCUUUCACAUCGGUUAUUACGGUCUGAUGAUGUGGUUCCCCGAGCUGUUCAAUCGUUUCGACGAGUUCCAUCGCGAUCAUCCCGGCGAGGUCGCCUCCAUAUGCCAGGUGACCGAAUACGUGGUCCAAAAGGGUUCUCACAAUGUCGAGAACCUUUGUUCGGACAAGAUCGGCGCCUCUGUCUUCUUGGAAUCUCUCAUCACAGUAGCCUCCGCCAUUCCCGCGAACAUCGUCGCUGUUUUGGGAAUGGAUCGACUUGGUCGCAAGUUUUUCCUCGUUUUUAGUACCCUAUCGUCUGGGAUGUGUUCGAUCGGAUUGUACUUCGUGUACAAUAAGCACCAAAACCUGAUCGUGUCGGCCUUCUUCAGCGGUGUGAUAAGCUGCGGUAACGCGGCGCUAGACUGUCUAAUAACCGAGGUUUUCCCUACCCAUCUCCGAGCGACCGGAAUCGCGAUUUCCAUGGUCGCGGCUCGUCUCGGUGGAAUUAUCGGGAACAUCGUAAUAGCUCAACUUCUGGACAUGUACUGUCCAGCACCGACCUUUAUCGUUGCUGCUCUUCUAAUUGGUGGAGGAUUGUUGUGCUUAUUCUUACCAAACACAACACGGGAACCACUUUCUUGACACCGGUAGAGAAUUCCAUCGAACUCGACUCAAUGUACAGUCUCGUAUAUAAAUUAAAAAGAAAAAAGAAACUUCGAAUUAUGUUGAACUGGCAUAUCCACGCUCAUGCAGCUUCUCACAUUUAGUUCAUGAAUGAAUGAUCAUUAUAAACAGCAGUAUUGCUAUAAUCGAGCAACAACAUUCCUAUUUUACAUAUCAAGUUUGAACGGUAAUGAAGAAGUAGUGUUAACUGAUAGGCCUCAUGAUAGUAAGAUGUAUUGUUGAACAAGAAAGGAGAUGCAAUACGAAUACGAACCCGUACGACGCUUUCAUUGUAAGUAAAGCGUUCGAUGUAUUUCUAUAUACUUUCAAGUAUUAAAUACACUCUGGAUAGAACAUUCCAUGUUCCGAAGCGUGUGGAUUUUGUAUACUGAUACUAACUGUGAAAUGUAGAUACGACACUUAUACCAGUACAUCUCACCCUUCGAUAACAUUUUAAUAUGUACUUUUUUUUAUGGUUCAUCGUUCGUUCGCAUCGACUACCGUUGUUGUACGUUGUGUACUCCCCAUAUAUUUGUAAUUUAAACUGUACCAAUUGCAACAAUUUGAAAUAUAAAA